AUGCGAAUUCGUAAUACUGACAUGGAGGACAGAGGACAAGAUACAAAAAGGUAUCAUACGGAUAAAAGAGACCAAGAAAUGUGUAUUAUCAUUACAGGUAGACAGGCAGGUAGACAGACAGCCCAUUUCCAAAUCAAUUCAUCUGGAUCAAUGAUUACAUCGAAUAUCCAAUCAUGUCGCUAUGAUUCCUCACUUGGUCUGUUGACAAAAAAGUUUGUCAGUCUCUUACAGUCUAGCACCCACGGGGAUCUCGAUUUGAACAGUGCAGCUGCUGAACUCAACGUACAAAAGAGACGGAUCUACGACAUAACCAAUGUACUUGAAGGCAUAUGUUUGAUCGAAAAGAAUUCAAAGAACCAUGUGCGCUGGACUGGAAGUACACCUUCCUUGAAUAGCAGUAGCAACAACAGUCAGAAGAAUAAUUAUCAACAUCAUCUUAACCACGACUACAACGACAAUAAUGAUAAUAAUCGUCGGUUGGAUCAAAUAGAUGAAGAUACUACAGAGCUAUACAGACUAGAGCAGCGGUUACUGACCCUAAAGAGCAACAAUAAUUCCCUGUUGAAUGAGCAAAACCACCUGGCUCAGUUGACUCUAGAAGUAAACGGAAGGAUUGAACGAGAGUGUUCUUACCACAGAGACUACUGUUUCCUCACAUCUGAGGAUCAGGCUCGUCUUGAAAAGCAACCCAUGUCCCAAACAGACACACUUUUGGCGGUUCAUGAACCCUAUGACGCCCUGAUACCCUGUUUGGACAAUAUUGCGCCCCAUACAUAUAAUCAUCACAACCACAAUCACAAUCACAAUCAUCACCAUAACAACAGCCAUAGCAACACCAAUCAUAAUAAUCAUAAUAAUUCUCGAUCUUCAUUUGACCGCCAUAGACGCCAAACAUCACAUAUUUAUCCCAACCACCCAUAUCUACCCUCCACAAUUGAAAACAAGCACACAGUACGGUGUGUAGUUAGAGUGCCUGAUCACUCUGACCAGUCGCUCUUUGGUCGUCUAUCAGAUGGCCAUAGAAAUCAAUCUCUCUCUCGAGCAAGUUCUUUUUAUGCCUCUUGA